AACUGUUUAUUCAUGAUUCUCCUCCUCUCCCUUGGCUCAGAGGUUAAGGGCACUGGCUGCUGCCCCAAAAGACUUGGGUUCAAUUGGCAGCUCACAACUGUCUGUAGGACAUUCUAGGGGAUUGAUACUCUCACACAGAAAUAAUGUAGGCAAAACAAAUUAAAAAUGAACGAAGGGGUUGGGGAUUUAGCUCAGUGGUAGAGCGCUUGCCUAGCAAACGCAAGGCCCUGGGUUCGGUCCCCAGCUCCGAAAAAAAAGAAAAAGAAAAAAAAAAAUGAACGAAAAGCCAGUUUGCUCCUUGUUACUGUCAGGACAAGAAAGGUUCAUUCUCAACUCGUAUCAACCCCUGUACCUGUCACAGCCUUGUCUCCAAGAUACCUUGUCCUUCUCUGUCCCACACUGGUCUAUCUAUCACACAGUAAGAGGCUGACUGGAAUUAGCAACUAUUCCAGCUACCUUGAUAAGAAAUGUGUGCUGAAAGGGGAACUUCCUCCACAAGACUUCUAGGGUCCUAAUGGUCCAGGGCAGUGGUUCUCAACCUUCUGAAUGCUGCUACCCUUUUAAUACAGUUCCUCAGGUUGUGCUGACCCCGAGCCAAAAAUUACUUUUAUUUGCUACUUCAUAACUGUAAAUUUGCUGUUGUGAAUUGUGAUGUAAAUAUUUGUGUUUUCCUACAGUCUUAGUGAGCCCUGUAAAAGGGUCAUUCGAUCCAUGGGUUGAGAACUACUGAUCCUAGAGUGUAGUUAGCUACCCCUUUCUUUCACAUUUUUAUUACUUUUGUGUGAGGAGGUACACACACCAUGGCAUAUGCCAUUAGAAGACAACUUUCAGGAAUUAAUUUUCUCCUUUCACCACUCAGGUUCUGGGCAUUAAAUUCAUGUCACCAGGCUUGGUAGGAGGUGUCCAUAGCCACCAAGCCAUCUGUUUUGUUUUUCAAGGGUUUCUUGGGGUUGGGGAUUUAGCUCAGUGGUAGAGCGCUUGCCUAGCAAGCGCAAGGCUCUGGGUUCGGUCCCCAGCUCCGAAAAAAAGAAAAAAAAAAAGGGUUUCUCUGUGUAACCCUGGCUGUCCUGGAACUUGCUUUGUCAACCAGGCUGGCCUCAAACUCACAUAGAUUCACUUGCCCCUGCUUUCCAAGUGUUGGGACUAAAGUUGUGCACCAGCAUGCUUAGUUUCUCCAAGUUAUCUUGAUGGCCUAAGCUAUCCCUUAUAAGGUGAAGGACAGGUUACUGUGGCUGACUCCUACAACUAAGAAAGAGGCACAUUGCCUAGUAAGUUUGGAUUUACAGGCAGCAUACACUUUAUUGGAUUCCUGGAUUCAUCUUCUGAACACUCCACAAGUUAUGGUUUUAAGUGGGUCUCUGAACAGAAGGUGGCAUUCUCAAAAGUUCUGCCUGCCCAGAAAGCCACUUUGUUCACUACUAUUUCAUAUGUCUGAGUGUUUUACCAGAAGGUAAGUAUGUGCACCAUGUGCAUGCCUCUCUCCAAGGAAGCCAGAGGAAGGUGUCUGGUCCCCUAGAUAGGGUUCUAAGUGCCAGCUACCAUGUAGGUGCUGAGAACUGAACCUGGAGAGCAGCCAAUGCUUUUAUCCGCUGAGCCCCUCUCCAGCUUCUCGCUUUUUGUUUAAUUUUGUGUGUCUGUAUGAGAAUAUGCCACAUGUGUAUGAGUGCCCCAGAAACCAUAAGAAGGUGUUAGAUCUCCUGGAGAUGGAGUUACAGGUUGUAAGCCGCCCAAUAUGGUGAAAAUGAACUCUGGAAGACCAGCAAAUAUUCUCAGCUAUCUUUCCAGGCCCCUGGACUUUGAUUCAGUCUCGGUGAAGCCCUUGACUUUAUGUUCUAGAGGUAAAUAUACUCAGGAUUUGCUAGUUGCAGUUGCUAUGUUCUCCUGACCCCAACUGUAAAAACCCUGACUCCUCAUAACACCCUAUUUCCCUGGAAAACGUCAAAGCUGAUAAUGUGGGAGGCUCUCAGAGGAGAAGACACCUCUGUCUUUCCAGAGGACAAUCCCUCCAUUCUGCUUUCUAAGGCAGACAGCAAGCCCAGACCAUGGAGAGUUUGGGGUUAGCACAGACCUCAAUGGCUCAGGAAUCAGUUCGCAGCAAACUACAACCCUCUCAUUGCUCAAGGCCAGUACUGUUUUCUAUUGCUUACACAUUUCUCCAUCAUUUUCUCUCAAGAAGAAAUAAACACAUUACCAAUUUCUACACUAAAUUCAGCCUGGAUAGGUCAGGAGAAGCCUAAAUUUCAGUUACCAGAAAUUAUCCUUCUCUUUGAACCUUUGGAGAAAAAUUUAUUUUAGUACAAGUAUCUAAGAUGGCACACACUAGUGAGGGUGUAAGCACAAUUCUAUGCAAGGACGGUUUCUUGCUGACAGGCAGGGAUAAAAUGCUGCCUCCUACUGGCAGCACAGUAGACCAGAAAGGUGCUCAGUCCUAACAACUGUUCAUUGUCCCCUUACAUUCUUUGCUUCUAGGCUGCGCUCUCCAAUAGCUUUGUUUGCAUCUUUUGCAGCAAGGUCUUACACUGUAGCCCAGGAUGGCCUAGGACUGGAAGCAGCCCUCCUGAGUGCAGGGGUUGAUUACAGGCAGAAGCCACACCAGACCUCUCUGACAUUUUAACUUGUUCUGUGUGAAAAGGCAGGAGUGGGCACGGCAGGAAUGUGCCCACCUACAGAGGGAAUGGCAGGUCUCCAGUAUAAUUAUGCAUAAGUCCCCCUGCCCCACCCCCAAUUUCCUUGCUUCAAGAAACUACUUUGGGAGCUUUCUGCAGGUUCUAGUUAGAAAGAAACGUUUAGGGUCAAAAAGAAAAAAAGACUGCCGCUCCAAUUGAAGAGUCUAGACAAAGCAACCUAGGAAGUGCACUUGGUUUCUCUAACUCAGAUGGUGGCUGUGUCUUUUCCUCAUUGGCUGAGGGCCAACCUCACAGUCUUGUGCAAAUGACUAGUGGAAAAGCAUUGGAACUCAGGAAAUGGAAGAAGAGGAAAAGGAAUCACCCACAUAAUAGAGCAGCAGGCCUCUGAGUAAACAAAGGCUUUACUGGUGGAGAGGAUUAAAACAUUUGUUUAAAAGUCUUCCAAGGUCAGAGAGAGAGAAAAAGGUUUUAAUCCUUGUCCUAAAUGUAAGUUUUACUGUGUUUGAUAGUAAAGAUUAUUUGAUGUUUCUUAUAUAUUUUACCUGCUCCAAACAGGGCUCCAAUGUAGCCCCAUUCACCAAGGGGCAAAACUGUGUUCUGUUAAAACGUUUUUACAAUAUUUGUUGUCAGUAAGAUUCCUUUGUUUGUUUUUCUCUUUUGGUGGUUUUUUGAGACAGGGUUUCUCUGUAUAACAGAGACCUAACUGUCCUGGAACUUGCUUUAUACACCAGAUUGGCCUCGUACAGAGAUCCAGUCUGCCUUUGUUUCUGGAGUGCUGGUCUUCAGGGUAUGUGCCACUAUGCCCUGCUAAGAUUCUUAUGUUAAAAACAAACAAAAACAAAAAAACCAUACAGAAAUAAUUUAGUGUAAAGCAUCUUGUGUUAAUAGCAAACAUGGGAGGAGAAAGACCACUGCUGACCCAAAUCAUCAUGGUCAAAUUAAUUCAUGCAUGCGGGAUGUCUCCCUCAAAGGUGGGGUUCCAGAGUCAGCCUUGGAUGUGAGGAAGACAAGAUUUUUAUAGCUCAGUGGUAGGGAGUUUCCAAAUGGGAGAUUUGGUGGAUAAAAUGGCCGGGUUACAGGAGCACACUGUUAGCAUAACAAGUUAGUUCUACAAGGCUCCUGAAACAAAAACAUGGUUGCAAGGUGGGCAUAACAUGGUAGUCGUGGGUGGUUAUAUAACCUUUUGAAAACAAAGGUAGGGUUGCAAGAUGGUUAUAAACAACUUUUUGAAACAAAGAAAUGAUUACCAUUCUAGGAACAGACAGUACAGAACUAUUUGUAGUUAAGGUUACAAGUGGGCCAUAGCUCAAUCCAUGAGAAACAAGUUUACUCAUAAAAGGAAAUGAAUCUAGCUUGUCUUUACUAUAAGAUGGCUUUUAAGACUAAAAUGGAGGCAGGCUGAUUCUUCACUUGAGGACAUCUAUUCAUCCUAUGACUGAACACAGAAUCUUUAUCUACUCAUUUAUUUUUGAGACAGGCUGGCCUCGGCCUCGAAGCAAGCAUUGCUCCUGUCUCAGUCUCUGGAGUGCUGGGAUUACAGGCCUGAGCCACCAGGCCCUGGUUUGAAACAGUGAUUUAUCCUGAGACUCCAUUUUGCAACCAUUAGGUUACACGUGGCAAGAUAGGUUUGGGAAACCUGUUUACUCUCCUAUUCCGUUGCCUCCUUCGAGUCAAAAGGAGACUGCUCAGGCCUAACACAUUUUCAGAUUGCAACGGGACACCCACCCUUGUGGAGUUCUUUGCAAGGUGUUCCUCGGCCCUAAGGAAGACACCGGUCCUCUCUCGGAGCUGGAACGCAGAACGGUGUCCCUGCUGCAGAUACUCAGGAGGGCUCGGGGAAUCCCGGCAAGGGGGCCAAGGAAGGUCCCCGGUAGUUGAACCCUGGCCUGCGAUAGGUGCGGGGUUCACGCAAGGUGUGCACCGCCCUCCACCCAGCACAAACACGCCCCUCCCUGGAGUGUAGAGAACAGCAAAACAGGCCGGGUCUCUCUCCACAACAGAACACCACACCUGACCGUGCCUCUUCGCCGGACGGGGUGGGACGUCCCUAAAUGGCUGCAGCGCAGGGGUCCGAGGGUCACUCUCUAGGCGCCCUUGACAGGCCCGCGCGUUACGCUACCUAGCAUGCUAACAGGCAGCCCGCAGCAAGGGCGGAUGAGCACUUUGUCUUAGCCAAUGAGCGCCAAGGGUUCUGGGCUGCGUCCAAUCAGAGUGCGGACGGAACAAACAAGUUAGGUUGCGCGCCCUCGGCGCGAGAGGCGGACACAGGCACACGGGACCUCUCCUGCUGCGGCCCGGGACGUCCACCGCUCUGCUUCCCGCGCACGGGACGCGGGAGUCCCGCGAGCUUCCGCCGUACCCACUGACGAGCGGGCCGCCAGGACCAAGAAGGCCUCGUGCAGAGGCGCUCUCCUCAGAAUCCACUCUACCUCAGCAGCUUCUGCAGAGAGGCAUGAGGGGCGGCUCCUGGCUUCUGGAGCGUGAGGUGGGCUCGGGGUCAACCAGUUAAGGGGACAACGCGGACGGCCCGGCCCGGCCCGCCUCCCCCUAGCACUUUCUACUCCUUGGCCUAGCGGCAGGCGCGGGAAUCCAGAGGCCGAUAUGUUCCCGAGGAGGCCGCCGGCCACCCUGGCCGCCUGGCUGGCGGGCGCGCGGGGCGGGGGCCUUCUGGCCGCGCUGGCCAAUCAGUGCCGCUUCGUGACGGGCCUGCGCGUGCGGCGAGCGCAGCAGAUCGCGCAGCUCUACGGCCGCCUGUAUUCCGAGAGCUCGCGCUGCGCCCUACUCGGACGCUUCUGGCGCCGGCUGCGCGGCCGCCCCGGUCAUGCCUCUGCCUUGAUGGCGGCGCUCUCCGGUGUUUUCGUAUGGGACGAGGAGAGGAUCCAGGAGGAGGAGUUGCAGAGGUCCAUUAAUGAAAUGAAACGGUUGGAGGAAGUGUCAAAUAUAUUUCAGAGUUCUGGAGUUGAGAGUCACCCUCCCGAAACAAAGUGCCCAGCAGAAGGGAAUGAAAAGUCGAAAGACAAAGAAGAACCAUGGGAAAUGGUGAUGGAUAAGAAACACUUCAAGCUGUGGCGGCGUCCAAUUACAGGCACCCACCUUUACCAGUACCGAGUUUUUGGAACAUACACAGAUGUGACGCCCCGACAGUUCUUCAAUGUUCAGCACUCAGGAAGCAGAGGCAGGUGGAUGGAUCUAUGAAUUUGAGGCCUGCCUAAGCUACACAGCUACAUCAGAGCUGCAUAGAGAGAUUCUGUCUCAAAAACAAUACAAGUGAGAGGGGAAGGUGAGAUAUCCCAAAAUGCUACAUAGAACUUCCUUUCCUGCGGAGCCAUGCGGAGCGAGAACUCAUGGGUACCACUUCCACUGCUUUUAUAUUUUUAUGGCAACAGUCUCAAAAUAUAAAACUAAGUAUACAAAGUAUUAGGCUUUAUGGCAUUUUCAGACAUAAUUUGUUUUGCUAGUCUUCUUCCCCAUUUCCUUCUCCCCUCUACCCCUACCUCCUUGAAUAUUUCUACCCUCAAUCAUCCCGUGCAACUUUCCUGUCAUGUGUGCUCUGUUAUCCUCUCCUUUCAUCACCACCUUUUCUAUUUUCCUGGACUCCUCUCUGGUUUCAUGACUUAAGUCUACACUCACACCCUUAUAUGUAAGAUCUGCAUAUGAAAAUGUGGCAUUGUCUUCUGAGUCUGUUACCUUGCUUAAUAUAAUUUCCAGAUUUAUCAUCUUCCUGAAUGUUUUAUAAUCUCAUUGUUUUUAGUUGAAUAAAAUUCCAUUGUAUACAAGUACCACAUGUUUACUAUUCAUUCAUUUGGUUUAAUUUCCUUUCUUUUAUGAAUGGUGCCACAGUAUCAUCUAUAAUAAGAUACAGAGUGUAUAGGUAUGCCCAGCAGUAUGACUAGGUCAUAUGGUAGUUCUGUUUUUAAUUUUUCUGAUAAACCUCCAUACUGGUUUUCCUAAUCUACUAACACCGGUGUAUAAUUCCACUAGUAAUGUGUAAGUGUUCCUCUUUUCCUCUGCCGUCAAUUUUUGUGAUUUUUGCCAAGCUUUCAAUAACUAGUUUGUUGAUUUAUAAUACCCACUAAAGCCAAGCCUGUUGGAAUGGGUCUGUGUAGCGGUGAGUUUAACUAUACCGCUUUGGGUCCCAGUGGGUUGUGUGCUUUUAGCCAGGAGCUAUCUGGAUUCUCGAAUGGAAGACACUCCCCCCCCCCCCCCCGCCCCUCUAAUGUACACACACAUAUACACCAGUUAAUUUUAAAAUGCCUUGGCUACCUCAAAGGCUGGGCACUCCUAAACCUUCCCCUACUACCCCAAACCCAAUUGGGGAAGUAGCCAGUGGCCACCAAAUUCUCACAUGACUGGCCUUCUCUCCUGCAGCUCCUACAUCCCAUCCUUCCCCAAGUCAUGCCAAUUCUCUGUCUCUUUUUUCCCAGUUCCUAGCCCACACAAAUCUAAAGGUCCCACCCUGUCUCCCUUUACCCAUUGGCCAUUGGCAUCUUUAUUGAUGAUCAAAACCAAUUGGAGAUAAAGACCUUCAGUGUUUGGACACACAGAUUCCAGAUUAAAUCAAAGCAUUAGAACUAAUUCCCAACAGGCCUAUAAUCCCAGCUAUUUGGGAGACUGAAGCCUUCCUGGUACAUGGUGCAUUCAAGACCAACUUGGUCAACUCAGUGAGACUGUCUGAAGUAAAAACAAGACUGGGAAAUAGAACAUUACAUAGUUUGUGCAGGAUGUCCUGGGUUGAAUCUGCAGAACUGCAACAACAGUAUAUUACUUUGUCCUAGGCACUAGAUUUUGUCAGUGCUGUUUGGCUUUGAUGCAUACAAUGUCUGUAUUUGAAGUUCCUUAGUUCCUUGAUAUGAAAGAAAAUGAGAAAUGCUUGUUGAAUUUCUGUACAUCAGAUGUCUGCUCAUACUUUGAAACUUUUUUCUGUUUAAUUUAGAAUUAUCAUAUCUUUACAUGUUAUCUGUUGUAUUUUCUCCAGAAAUUUUCUUUUCUUCUUUUUAAGUUUUAUUAUUGUGUGUGGGGCUGUGGGUACAUGUGUGGAAGCCAGGGACAACUCUGCAGAGUUGCUUCUCUUUUACCUUUCUGUGGGUUUUAUGUAUUGAAUUCAGGUUGUUAGGCUUAUAUAGUCAGGCAUGGUUUUAGUUUCUUUCUGUUGCUGUGACUGACCAAAAGAGUUUAUUUCAGUUUAUAGGUUAUAAUCAAUAACUGAGAGAAGUUGGGACAGGAACUAUGGAAGAAUACUGUUUAUUUGCUCAUUGACAGGCUCAUGUUUUCUUUUUCUUUCUUUCCUUUUUAAAACCAUGAAUAUUGCUAGAUAAAAGCCAAUCUGAAAGGUAACAUACUAUAUGAAUUCAAAUUUAGGUCAUUCUAGACACUUGUCAAAACCCACACAUACAAUGAACUCUGUACCAUAGUCAAUGAUAUAUCAAUACUGGGUAGGCAGUGGUGCAGGCAUGUAAUCCCAACAUUUAGGAGGACCACCACAAGUUAUAGCUAACCCUGUCAACCUAGACUAGCUAAAGUUACUACAUGGUAAAACCUUACUUAAAAAAAAAGAAAAAAGGGGUUGGGGAUUUAGCUCAGUGGUAGAGCGCUUGCCUAGCAAGCGCAAGGCCCUGGGUUCAGUCCCCAGCUCCGAAAAAAAGAAAAAAGAAAAAAGAGUACUUCUUGCUUUCCUAAUUUGAAACUGUUCCCUGCACCCCCCCCCAAAAAAAAAUCUAUGGAAAAAAAUACAGCAAAUAAAUCCAUUAAAACAAAAUCAUUUAGUAGCUAAGCAUUUAAAAAGUCCAACACAAGGCCAUCAGGAGAUUCCAAAGAUGAUGUUAAGAUUCAGCAGGGUGUUAGUAGACUCUCAACUGUGCUGGUAGAGAGGAGGAGGAACUUCUGAAGAUUGAUGUCGUUUGUCUGUUUUUUUUUUUAAAACCAUUAUAGGGAACACAAUGUUUUUAUUUAUUCCAUUCCCUUCAGAUGAGAAUUGACAUUUGCAUAUUUGAGAGUAUAGUGUGUUAUAGUUCUCUGAACAGUUCCUCUCCCUUGUAAAUUUUUUCAUGAUCUUCUCACUACUUUGAAUACAUUCAGGACGUAGUGUAUUAUCUUCCACUACUGGGGAUGGGAAAGCACAGGCUGCUAACAGGAAAGAGAAAUCAACUUUUGGAAAGUGUCUGGAACCCAGGUCUAAUAGGUAUAAAAUUGCAGGCAAACCCAGUCUGUCCUUUGUGCAGAGAGCUGUGCCAUGGACAUAGACUGCUUUUUGUAUAGUCCAAGGCCACUUUUAUAAUGGACUUUCUCCAGCUCACCAGCGGUAUAAAGAAUGACAUGAGAAGUUUAUUACAGUUCAAAGCUUAGGCUUUUUGCUAGGGCAGCUUUUCAGCUAGCAUGAGCAUUGGCAGGUUGCCCAAUGGCACUGCACUUAAAGAAUAGAAGUAGCCCAGUACCUGUGUGCACAUACUGUCUGUGUGUAUGUGGCCACUUCUGUGCAUGUAGUAUGGUAAGCUUCUGGGGCCGUGGAGAGUGAUAGAGCCUGCAGGCUGGCAUAACUGAUUGGGUCUUAUCUACCUUAACCUGACUAUCUAGCCAAUGACUUGCUAUAUGGCUAGCUCUAUACCUUUCUCUCCACUGUGGUACACGUCUGUUCCCUCCACGUACACUUUCAAAUCUACAUCUGCUUUUUUUUCCCAGUGUGCCCCACCUCUCUCUGUCUCUGUCUGUCUCCGCCAUCCCACCCCCAAGUUCUGCCCCCUAUUUCCUGCCCAGCCAUUGGCCAUCAGCUCUUUAUUGCAACCAGUCAUCAGUGCAACAAACCUGAUAACAAUUCUAGAUUGCUUCUAGGCAGAAAGGACUGUCUGACCUUCAAGCAUCUGAGUAGAAGGCUGGUUGUGUACCAUAGAAAUGACAAUACCAAUUUUCUGCCAGCAUUAGCUCUCUCCCGGUACAGAAUUAACCAUUGAAAAUACAGAGACAAGGCUGGAGAGAUGGCUCAGUAGUUAAGAGCACAGACUGCUCUUCCAGAGGUCCUGAGUUCAAUUCCCAGCAACCACAUGGUGGCUCACAAUCAUCUGUAAUGGAAACUGAUACCCUCUGGUAUGUGUGAAGACAGCUACAGGGUACUCCUAUUUAAAAAAGAAAGAAAGAAAGAAAGAAAGAAAAUACAGAGACAAGGCUGGAGACAUAGCUCAGAUUUUAAGAGCACUGUGAACUCUUCCAGAGGACCUGAGUUCAAUUCCCAGCAACCACAUGGUGGCUCACAACCAUCUAUAAUGAGAUCUGGUGCCCUCUUCUGGCCUGCAGGUGUACAAGCAGGUGGAAUGCUGUGUAUAUAAUGCAUAAUAAAUAAAUAAAUCUUUAAGAAAAAAAGAAAA